AUGUCUAAUAGGGAAACAAGGAGUGGAGUCAUAUGUUUUCUUUCUAAGCUCCUGAUUGAGAAAGCUCGAUUGUUCCUAAGUGCUAUGAGUUAUCAUGCUUUUGAGGAUGUAUUGGCUCUAUUGAUAUAUGGUUUGGUGUUGUUCCCUAAUCCAGAUCAGCUCAUAGAUGUGCAUGCUAUCAAAAUAUUUUUGACUCACAACCCGGUACCUACUUUGCUUGGAGAUAUUCUGCACUCGCUUAACACUCGUACCAUUAAGGAGCGAGGGACUCUCAUGUGUUGCAUACCUCGACUAUCAGGGUGGCUUAUUUCGCACCUUCCCCAAUCAAUGCUGAAGAAUGAACAAAGGAUGCAGUGGUCUCGAAGGAUAACGUUAUUCUCUCAUUCAGAUAUCCAUUGGUGUGCCCGAUCUUAUGAGGACAUCACUAUUAUUUAUCAUUAUGGGGAAUUCCCUAAUGUGCCACUCCUUGGCAUUAGGGGAGGUAUCACUUAUAAUCCUUCAUUAGCUCUGCACCAGUUUGGUUGCGCUCGAGGAGAUAGUCCUCAUGAAAUGAGUAUUCAGGGUAUUGUGUUCUAUUACGAAGAUGAUCCUCAAGGUUAUUGUCAAAGGUUUAUACGAUCGUGGAAUAAGGUUUAUAAGGUUGAUAGCAAGAUAUUGGGACGAAAGAACUCCAUUCCUUUAGGGCCAUACCUCAUAUGGGUGCGCGCUCGUGCUUGA